UAACCAGCAGCCAUGAACCAGUUAACCUUUGUCGGCUGCCUUUUGCUCUGGUCAGGAGCUCAGGCUGCCUUCCAGGACUUUGUGAUAGGACCUGAGUCAUAUGAUGAUGAUAACGAGUUGGCUCCGUUCGGAGAAGAAUAUCCAGAAGAGGAGAUGGAUGAGGACAUCAUGGUCUCCUUCCAAGAUGUUGAACAUGAUGGUGUUGUGGACACCAAUCUCCUCAUGAAAGCUCUAAUACAGCAUGCCAAACGCUUGGGUUUGAGUUUGGAAGAACUUGCCAACCUAAAUCUGGAGUCAGAAGAAGAAGAAUCCAUGAACCAACUUGGCUGCCCAUCUGGGCAAAGCGUCCUUCGAUACGAAGAAAAGCCCACCUGGCGGGAUGUACUCUUUAACUAA